CGGACUUUCAACGGGGGCGCGCACCGUUGAAAGCCUCAACACAGACAGGCCAAAGAGAGGAAGUUUGAUAGCGGAACCAUGCGAGAUCCGAAGAACCGCGGGGGCGCGCCGACCUGCUAAUGAAUAUAACUAGGCUAAUUGCGGGAAACAACGGUUUACAGCGCACAUUUUAGUUAUGUUUGAGUCCCCACGGCAAUGUGUAAACAUCCGGGGUGCCUGGUCGGAGAGCCGGGAGGAGUUACACGAGACUCAACCGGUGUCUCCGGUGAACACCGGCAAUCGAGGCAAGAAGAAAAAGAAAAAGAAACAGCAACAUAAAAGAGAGAAGCGUUCUGACUCGGUUCGUGAAAUGAGCACUGACAAGUCGGCGGCAGCAGCGGUGUCCGACGACAGUAAGGUCGAACUGACGAGCACUGUUAUCAAUAGCGACGAACCGAUAGUCAGAGGGAUAUUUCAAAUAGAGAAAAAAAGCUGCGACGUACUUCUGACUGCGACAAGGUUAAUAUGGACUCCAAUCCAGCCCGAGACCCCUACAGGGGAGGCAGACCCUCGCAGGCGGGAGGAGUGCGUGGAGCUGAAGGACGUGUUUGCGGUGAAGGUGAAGCGGCGCCGUUCCGUCGGCCAGCAGACAGGGGGCACCCUCCUGGGACUCACCCUCUUCCGCUGCGUGAGGAAGGGCCGCAAGCUGAAGGACCGCCCUCUGCACCUCAACAACCUGAGCGUGGACCACUGCGAGGUCUGGUUCAAGCACCUGAAGGACCUUUUGAGCGGUUUCAAGGAAAGGCCCAAAUCGCUGAAGGUGUUGGUCAACCCCUGCAGCCACAGGAAGGAGGCGGAGCAGGUCUACAGGGACACCGUGGCGCCGCUCUUCAAGCUGGCUGACAUCAGGGCUGAUGUCAGCGUCACCGAGAGGAAGGGACACGCCCUCUCCAUUCUGAAAGAAUGCAAGCUGGACGAAUACGACGGAGUGGUUUGCGUCGGGGGGGAUGGCUCCGUUGCUGAGGUGGCUCAUGGGCUGCUGCUCCGGGCCCAGAUGGACGCUGGGAAGGACACAGACUCCAUCUUCACGCCUGUCCGAGCAGCACUUCCUCUCGGGGUAAUACCAGCAGGCUCCACAGACAUCGUGGCCGGGUCUGUUCAUGGAAUAAGACAUCCUAUUACAGCGGCCAUGCACAUCAUCAUGGGGCACCGGCAGGUGGUGGACGUCUGCAGCUUCAGUGCGCAGGGCCAGCUGCUUCGAUUCGGCUUCUCAGCCAUGGUGGGCUUCGGCGGCCGGACGCUGGCGCUGGCCGAGAGACACCGCUGGAUGCCCCCGGGCCAGCGGCGCGAGUUUGCCGUCAUCAAAACGCUGGCCAAUCUAAAGCCUGAAGACUGUGAGCUGUCCUUCCUGCCCCUCAAGCAGAACCAGAGAGACACCCAGGAAUUGAGGAGCGGGGAGUCGGUGAGGGACAGUGAUGGUGGAGGUGCAGAAGAAGACGGGGCAUGGCAGACCACCCAGGGUCUCUUCCUCAACAUCAGCAUCAUGGCCAUUCCCUGCCUCUGCUCCAUGGCUCCAAGGGGUCUGGCCCCCAACACCAGGCUGGACAACGGCAGCAUGGCCUUGAUCGCGGUCGGAAACACUUCCAGGUCAGAGUUCAUCAAGCACCUGAAGAGAUACAGCAGCUUAACCAAUCAGUUCAGCUUCUCCUUCGUGGAGACGCACUCCGUCCAGGCCGUGAAGCUGCGCCCCCGCUCCCGCGUCGGCUGGGCCGACGACGCCUCGGAGGACAACGCCGACGGAGACUCCAAGAGCACGCCCAUCAUCUCCUCCGAGGGCACCUACCCCUGGAACAUCGAUGGAGACCUCCUGGAGCUGCCCUCCGAGGUCCUCGUCAGGGUCCACCCCCAGCUCAUCACUCUUUUCGGGGUGAAUGUGGAGGAAUCUGAAGAGCCCCCCAUCAAAUGUGGCUGCCUCUGACCCGCACCCUCCCCACAGACCAACCAAAGGCCUCUGAGUCACAUGCUCACUGUUUAAAAUGAAAAUACUCAAAAUGAGUGCACCACACUGUGAAUACCCACAUGUCAAAAAGAACAAAAUACACGCUUUAUGUACAAAACGGCAUUAAAAUAAAAUGAAAAGCAAGAUACAACUUUCACACAUUCCAGUGGAAACAAUUUAAAUUACAGCAAAAUGAAUGUGGACAAGGAAAUAUUACAUUGUUUUUACAAAUUUUGAUUUUGAGAAAAAGCUUUCAUAGUACAAAACUAUCGAAAAUAAAGUAAUUUGAUAAUCACAUGUUGUAAUGUGCUUUGUUUUGCUGAUGUUUGAAAUUCUGACCACCUUAAUAUAGGUGAUGAAAGUGCCCUAAACUACACAGUAUUUGAAAUGUUUUCUUCUGCGCUGAACUACUGCUUUCAGAUGCCAGAGUGCAACCCACGCUCACCAUAUCAAACUGCAUCAAUCAUAAAUCAUUAAUCUGUCACUUGUAAUCAAAUUUGAGCAAACAAAAGCAGUAGUUUUGCAGUGGUGAGCUAAUAUUUAGAAAGUGCCAACAUUACCGACUGCCCAGUUUUGUUGUAUGUGCUGCAAAAUUUUUUUUUGAAAAUAUAUGCUUUCGCCCAGUGUGGAAUUUCAUUGCGUAAUUUCAUUGAUCUGUACAAAAAUGUUGCCUUCAGUUUGUCAAGGAUAUAAAUACAUUUGGAAGUCAUGACUCCACCGGAGACCCCCCCCCG